AUGGCAGCAGUGGAGAAAUUCCAGUAUGUUCUGCAAAACAGAGGCCACGACAUUAAUGGAGCUUUGGAACCAUCUAACAUCGACACUAGCAUCCUGGAAGAGUACAUCAGCAAGGAGGACUCACCAGAUAUCUGUUUCCCUGACAUCCCUGCAUCAACCAGCUAUGCACAACCCCAACCCUCCAGUUCAGCCACCAUCAAUGCACCUCUUGCCAGCUCCAUCGCCAGUGCUGGGCAUGUGACCAACUCUGCUUCCAGCGGUUCCCUCCACCUUCCUCCCCCAGGCAACCAGAUCCCAAUCCGUCAUGGUCCUCUUUUGACCAACCCUUGUGGACCCAGCUAUGGUGCUCACCUCAACUGUAAUAACAACAAUGGCAUGGUGGUGCCAAAGGGCUACCACGGUAGCCACUGCAUAAACAACAUGGUCCCUCCAAUCAAAUCAGAGCCCAAGGCCUCCUAUGCACCUGGCACUUUACCCGACUCUCCCCCGGAUUCUGGAUCAGAAGCCUACUCCCCUCAGCAGGUGAAUGAUCCCCACCUUCUUCGGACCAUGACCCCUGAGAAUAUGUGCCACAUGACUCCCCCUUCCCGCCUGGAGCACCCUCCUCCACCUCCUCCACCUCCCCACCUCCAGGGUCCUCCCCCACCUCACCCUCACCAGCAGCAGCUCAACACUCAUUACCCGACUCUGCAGCGGGACAUGUACAUGAAGGCUGAGCCACUGAUGCCACCAUACGGCAUUGGGCAGGGCAUGUCGCCAGGUGACCUCCACCAUGCCCAGCAGUCACAGAUGCUGCACCAGCUACUCCAGCAACAUGGAGCAGACCUCCCAAUGCACCCCACCAAGAAGAGGAAACACUCCGAGUCACCCCCCAACACCCUCAAUGCACAGAUGCUCAACGGGCUAAUAAAGCAGGAGCCAGGUAUGGGGUCCGUGCCACUCAACCCUGACAGAGUCCAAACGCCUCCCUGGCACCAGCCGGGGGCGCUUUCACCAGGCCUAAUUCAAGAUAAUGACAGCUUGAAUGGCUCCUACCUGGAUCCCAACUACCAGUCUAUAAAGUGGCAGCCACAUCAGCAAAACAAGUGGGCAACUCUGUAUGAUGCCAACUACAAAGAACUCCCUAUGCUCACAUACCGUGUAGAUGCCGACAAGGGGUUCAACUUCUCAGUGGGUGACGACGCCUUUGUGUGCCAGAAGAAGAAUCAUUUCCAGGUCACAGUCUACAUUGGCAUGCUUGGAGAUCCCAAGUAUGUGAAGACUCCCGAGGGCCUGAAACCCUUAGAGUGCUUCUACCUGAAGCUGCAUGGAGUGAAGCUAGAGGCCUUGAACCAGUCAAUCAACAUAGAACAGUCACAGUCUGAUCGCAGCAAACGGCCCUUCAACCCUGUCACGGUCAACCUGCCUCCAGAGCAGGUCACUAAGGUCACUGUGGGGCGGCUACACUUCAGUGAGACCACAGCCAACAACAUGCGGAAAAAAGGCAAACCCAACCCAGACCAGAGGUAUUUCAUGCUUGUGGUAGCUCUGCAGGCGCAUGCCCAGAACCAGAACUACACGCUUGCAGCUCACAUCUCUGAACGCAUCAUCGUCAGAGCUUCAAACCCUGGCCAGUUUGAGAGCGACAGUGAUGUGCUCUGGCAGCGGGCACAGCUCCCUGAUACUGUCUUUCACCAUGGUCGAGUUGGCAUUAACACAGACCGCCCUGAUGAAGCCCUUGUGGUCCAUGGCAAUGUUAAGGUCAUGGGUUCGCUGAUGCACCCUUCAGACAUCCGAGUGAAAGAAGACAUCCAGGAGGUGGAUACCACAGAGCAGCUGAAGAGGAUUUCCCGUAUGCGGCUAGUACACUACAGCUACAAGCCUGAGUUUGCAGCCACUGUAGGCAUUGACAACACCUCUGAGACAGGUGUCAUUGCUCAGGAAGUAAAAGAGAUCCUCCCAGAAGCUGUGAAGGACACUGGGGACCUUGUCUUUUCUAAUGGGAAGACCCUUGAGAACUUCCUGGUGGUGAACAAGGAACGGAUAUUCAUGGAGAAUGUGGGAGCUGUGAAGGAGCUGUGCAAACUGACAGACAACCUGGAGACCCGUAUCGAUGAGCUGGAAAGGUGGAGUCAUAAACUGGCCAAACUCAAGCGGCUGGAUAGCCUGAAGUCAACUGUGAGCUCUGGGGCAUUCAGUCAAACAGGAAGCCAGUUCAGCCGUGCCGGAAGUGUACCCCCCAAAAAGAGGCCACACAAAGUAGCUAGCAAGUCACCAUCAGUGAUUCCAGAGCAAGCUUGCAUCAGCCAGCGCUUCCUACAGGGCACUAUCAUUGCCCUGGUCAUCAUCAUGGCAUUCAGUGUGGUAUCCAUGUCCACCCUCUACGUGCUGAGCUUGCGCAAUGAGGAGGACCUUGUGAAUAUUGACGGCUCUUUUGCUGUGCCCACUGCCUGUCUCCUGGCACUCUUCCGGCACAGGGGUCUUGGGGUCCCAGUCGCUCUAUGCCCACGGUCAAAUCAGAAUUUUGAUAAAACUCAGUUGGUGCCAUCCACAAUUGCAUCAGACAGAGCCAGUGACAGGACCUCUACACACCAAGUCACAGUGAAUGUGCAUGACUCUCUCUACGGCUUAUCUGGCCAGAGCGUGCUAGCAUGCUUCAACCCACCAUGUUUCUCCAUGUGCUGCUCUGCUGCUCCCACCAAUGUCUCCUCCAUUGCCCUCUCUGAGACCAGCCCCACUCAUGCUACUAACCAGACAGACCUAAGUCAGAUCUCACUUCUGCCAGUGACAAAUAUUAAAGGCAAAUCCAGAGGUGUCACCGGGAAAGUGACUUCCUACGCCAAGUGGCCAAAGACACCUGACAGGUCUCAGAGCUUCGGCAGCCCCAGUGCCAGCCCCUCCUCCCCUUUCACCCACAUCCAGGGCAAAUCCAAGUACAUCUCCAACCUCUCGCUCUCCCGCAGCAACUCGCCACUGGGGCAGGCCCGGCAGCAACGCAGCGUCAAGCAGCCGGUGAGCGAGUGGCCCCAUGCAGAGGAUCUUGACACAGAUGGGCCAAGCCCAGUGUUACAUUCCAUCCGGAUCUUGGAGAUCAAUGUAGCUAUCAAGUCCCAGUACUGUGCAGCCAGCGAUGCAUGCAGGACUGGAAACUUCACCUACCGCAUCCCUGUUAGCCAGCUCACAGCAGUAAACACCAAUCUGACCCUGGAGAUGAACACCUCUUCUGUUGUGUCCAUCUCCCUUUGUGGCCUUGUCUCUAGUGACCCAUGCCAGGAUGCUGCAAACAUGGACAACUUCAUCAAUACCACAGACACACAGGAAACAAUGCACCGUUGGCCUCUAGUGAUGAUGUCUUUCCGGGAGUUCACAUACCACUUCAGAGUAGCCCAGCCUGGUCGAGCCAACUGCAGCACUGCUCCUGAGCAGAUGGGACACCUUUUCACUGACUAUUAUUUUCAGUUUUACUGGCUCUGUGAGUGA